AUGCAGGGACUCAAACCAAUAGUUUCCACUGAAUCCCCAGCUCUGAUUUUUGGGACAACAACUAAACUUGCUUCAGAUUUACCAGCAACUGAUUCUUUCUUGGGUAAAAACAAGGUGCCAGACCUACAGAAACUUUUUCAGAAAGCAGAUGGACUGCCAGUGCACCUGAAACGAGGAGUUCCGGAUAAGCUGCUUUAUCGGACCACUAUGGCUCUAACAAUAGGCGGGACUAUCUACUGUCUAGUAGCACUGUACAUGGCCUCACAACCAAGAAACCAAAAGUAAAUGAACCACAACUCACGGGACUCGUGACACUUCUCUGAAGGACCUCCUGCAUGUAUCUUUGCACUUGCUUUAAUUCUGUGAUCAUACAGGGUUCAUUAUUCAGAUCAAAUUUCUUGGAGAAAAUGUUUUUAAAUUGGUUGCCUUAUAUGUUCUAGAAAUCAAUAUAAACAGACUUAAAGCCAUCAUUUUAAUAUAUGGUUGUAGCUUUGCAUUUGUUGUCUUACAGGAGCGUAUGAACAGUUGGAGAAAGUUAAGCUUUUCCCUCCUUCCCUCCCCCAACUUAAGCAAUCUUAGAGAUAGGACAGGGCAAAUACUUUGUGGGCUAUGCUCCACAUUCCUUAGUGAGAGGAUGCUGCUGGUUUCCAAAACAGUAAAAGAAAAUCAUUUAAUUAUUAUAAUAACAUACUGGGAACCUGUUUCUGUCAUACACAGCUCAUUUUGCAUAAGCAGGUGGCGGUGAAACCUUUUCCAAAUGCUGGUGUAUUAAUAAAUAUUUGUACUUCUG